AUGGCCUCCGACCCGUUCGACGACGUCUUCACCCUCGAGGACCGCUUCUACCGCCAAGGCUACCAGCAGGGCCUCGACGACGGCGCCGCCGCCGGCCGCGUCGAGGGCCGCCAGUUCGGCAUGAGCACCGGCUUCGACAAGUUCCUCGCCAGCGGCCGCCUCGCCAGCCGCGCCCUCGUCUGGGCCAACCGCCUCCCGUCCAACGACUUCAAGGUCGCCAGCUCCUCCUCGCUGGAGAGCCGGCAACCAGCGGCCGCCUGCACGUUGCCGCCGCUGCCGGAUCACCCGCGGCUGGGCAGGAACGUCAGGAUGGUCUACGCGCUGGUCGAGCCGGAGACGCUGUCGACGACCAACGCGGACGAGGCCGUGCAGGACUUUGACGACCGGUUCAAGCGCGCGCAAGGAAAGGCCAAGGUGGUCGAGAAGAUGAUUGGCUAG